AUGAAUCUAGUAAAACACCAAAAGCAACCGACGAAAGUCAACGCAUUUUUUUGCACAUCAAAAGCGAAUAUUGUAAAGGUUUCAAAGAAAUUUUCAACUAUAGAAGUAAGAUCGAUAAUCUACAGUAAAUUUGAGAAUGAAAUUAAUCUGUUCAAACCGUUGGAACAUCAAUUAUUCUUGUUGGAUUAUUCCUGUCCUUAUUCAAAAGAUUUAUUGGAAAUGGUCAACGAGAACAAAUUGUUCAAUUAUCCUUUACGCUGGAUAAUACUAAACACGCUCCAAUUGGAUGAAAAAUACAAGAUUUUCAUCAACAGCAGAGUUUAUUUGGUGGAUGGUAAAGUUGUCUCUCUUUAUAAAAUAACCGAAGAGAAACCUUACAUCUACAACCAAAUAUAUAAUGGGAACAAGGAUAAUUUCCACACUCUAUCUGAUGUGAAGGAUCGAGCGGAUUUGCAAAAGACUAGAAUGAAUAUAAGCAUUGCAUACAUCUAUGAUGAGACUUUCAAUAACUUCGAAUCCCUCAAACCAACUUUGUAUGAUGCUUUCUGUAAACACAAUUACAUAUUGAUGCUGUCGAUAGUCGCAAUGCUGAACGUAACUCCUAACUAUCAUUACUUCCGGUCUUGGGGAGUUCCGGAUAAGAAAACGGGGAUGUACGAUGGGGUGGUUGGUGAUCUGCAGAGGGAACAAUCGGAACUAGGAGCUACCGUAUGCUUCUUCUUGAAGGAUAGAUUUAAAAUUUUGGAGUACAUAGCGCCCAGUACUCCUACAAACGAGAAGUUCAUCUUUCGUGGUCCACCUUUAUCCGCAGUUUCCAACAUUUACGCGUUACCAUUCAACUUUGCAGUAUGGAUUGCUUGCGUUUUACUCUUCUUGAUGACUAUGUUCGUCGUUUACGUGAUCAUCAAGUGGGAAUGGUUUACGAGCAAGGAUGAGUUGAUUAUGAAUCCGUUCGCUUUGAAACCGACUUUAGUAGAUGUGAUUCAGAUGGAGAUUGGGGCUAUGUGUCAGCAAGGAUCUGAAACUGAACCUAUGAGUAGAUCAGGAAGGAUAGCGACGUUCUUCAUAUUCCUAUCCUUCAUGUUUCUGUAUACAGCGUAUUCAGCGAAUAUAGUUGUCCUGUUACAAGCAACUUCUAACAGUAUCACGACUCUGGAAGAUCUGGUUACUUCGAGGAUAUCUUUAGGUGUUGAUGAUACCGUUUACAACAAAUUCUUCUUCGAGAUCGAAAACGGCGAAACGCAAUUAGCCAUAAGACGGUUGAAAGUGAUGCCUCCGAAUAAUCCGAAAAACUACAUUCCGCUGAGAGUUGGGGUGGAGAAGAUCAGAACCGAAUUCUUCGGGUUUCAUGCGGAAUGCGAUCCAGUUUACAAAAUCGUGAGCGCCACGUUUUCCGAGAGCGAGAAAUGCGGAUUGCAGGAAAUCAAGUAUUGGAGUUUCUCGGAUCCGUGGGUCCCCGUCAGGAAGAACACGACUUACAAAGAGCUCAUCAAAAUCGGUUAUAGACAUUUGAUGGAGAGAGGUAUACAGAAUAGGGUUUUCUCUAGGAUCUAUGCAAAGAAACCGAUCUGUCAGAAUUCCGGCGCCAACUUCGUCAGCGUCAGCAUCAGAGAUUGCUACUUCGCUUUGCUGAUCUACGUGUGCGGAUUGACAAUCGCUGUUCUAAUGUUCUUAUUGGAAUUAUUCAGCAAGAAGUUGAAGCAAAAGUUCAGAACUGUAAAAUACUAG